ACACAAACGAGCUGGUAGACGGUCAAUGUGGUCAGGAGCGAUCCGGUGUAGACGAGUAGAGAGAAGCGGUCCGGACUCAGAGAGAUUUCUCCGUGCGUGUUUCUCGUGUUUGUGAAGCUCUGGAUGGCUGGUUGAGCUCACAGAGGAACACUCUUUGAUGCGAUAAAAGCGGAUAUAUUUCUCACUUUCCCCGGAGUCACAGAGAAGAGCUGCCAAGAUGAAAUACAAAAACCUGAUGGCCAAAGCGUUGUACGACAACGUGCCGGAGUCUCCCGAGGAGCUGGCCUUCCGUAAAGGGGACAUCCUGACCGUCAUUGAGCAGAACACAGGAGGUCUUGAGGGCUGGUGGCUCUGUUCCCUGCAUGGCCGCCAAGGCAUCGCCCCUGGAAACCGUCUGAAGCUGCUGAUUGGACCCAUGUUCGAGGCCCAGUCGCCAACCGCCGGUGCAACUGCCCAGUCCUCUCCUCAGAACUCGGCCUAUCAGCAGAAGCCUGGCUCGGGAGCUCAGGGGAUCUACCAGGUGCCACCAUCCUUCCAGAGUCCACAGCAGCAGAGUCAGCAGAGCAUAUACCAGGUUCCUCCUGCACAAGACGUCUACCAAGUCCCACCAAGGAGCACUCUGGCUGCUGAUAGCACUCCGAGCAAGGUGGUGACCCCGACCAGAGUGGGACAGUCUUACACCUACAGUCCAGGCCAGCACAACCAGCAGGACCUCUAUGAUGUCCCACCCAGCAGAUCACAGGGGGUGUAUGAUAUUCCACCUGGUCAGUACCCCAGUGCCAGAAACCAAGGAGUCUAUGACGUUCCCCCGUCUCAGAUGGAAACCAGGACACAAGACAUUUACGACAUACCUCCCUCUGCACAAGGGGUCUACUCGGUGCCUCGCUGCAGGACCAACCCCGUCCUCCAGGAGGGAAACUAUGACUUCCCACAGCCUCUCAAACAAAAAGAAGAAGGCAUCUACGAUGUACCGCCACCUGCCCUCACCAAGCCCGCACCGAGCCCCCAGUCACAUUAUGAUUUCCCCCCGACUGUGGAGCCUCCUGCUCCUCACCAACAGUCAAAUACCAACAGCAACGAAGGCAUUUACGACGUACCUCCACCCACCCUCCAUUCGGGGGCAGGGUCUCAGCGGGACGUGUACGACUUCCCCCGGGGCAUGCAGCCUUCCCAGCACAGAUCUUCGCCCGCUGACAGAGAUGGAAGCAAAGGCAUCUACGACAUCCCCGCUGCCGUGGGGGACGUGAUAGACGGCGUGAACCGCCUGUCGUUCUCCAGCACUGGCAGCACACGCAGCAGCAUGUCCACCUCCUCGUCCUCCACGGGCUCCGGCUCCGAGGGUCGCCUCGCUCUGGAUUUGGACGCGGCUGUUCAGAGGUUGUACCGCCUGCAGCAGGCCGUGGAAGCCUCAGUCGGAGCUUUACAUUCAAUGGUAGCUUCCCCUCACUGGAGGACUUUUCCCUUUAUGGAGCGCCAUGCUAACGAUGUCCGCACGGUGCUAGACAGGGUCCGGGCUGCUCUGGGGGACUUUGUUGUGUUUGGUAGAGGGGCUGCAGCAAAUGCCACGGCUCUAUCAGACUCCAGCCUGCACAGUAAGCUGAGAAGGCAGCUGGGACGCCUGGAGGACUCGCAACAGAUCCUCCUGCAGAUCUACCAAGUCCUUGAGAACUGCAGCUGGGCUCUGAAUGCCCUUGUGUCCUCUGGCAAGCACCACAACAAGAGCGAUGACCUGGAUCGCUUUGUCAUGGUCUCCAGGACUGUUCCUGAUGACGCCAAGCAGCUGGCCUCCACGAUAGGCAGCAAUGCUGAGCUGCUGUUCAGGCGGACGCACGUGGACGGGUCUUACUCUGUCGGGAGCACACCUGAUGAGAACGUGAUGCACCCCCUCACCUCCCCGUCCUCUGAUGUUGACAACUACGGAGGCCAGACCAAACCCUUCCCUGUGCCCUCCAGCCAAGACAAAGACAUGAACAACAUGAACAACAGUGAGAAGUGUGUCAAAAGCUGGAUGGAGGACUACGAUUACGUCCAUCUGCAGGGCAAAGACGACUUUGAACGUCAGCAGAAGGAGCUGUUGGACAAAGAAAACAUUAUUAAGCAGAGUCAAAUCCAGCUGGGCCAGGAACAGAUCAAUCAGUUCAAGAAGCUGGAGCAGGAAGUGAUCAAGCCUGUGGAGAACGACAUCACACAGUGGAUCUCACACCAACACCCGGCCUCCCCCUCGGACUCCUCCACCUCCUCCUCCUCAAUGUCCCCGUCCACCCACGUGUGCGCUCGGGACCGCCAGCUGCUCGGCUUCUACUCCGAGCAGUGUGAGCAGCACUUUGUCACGCUCCUCAGCGCCGUGGACGCCUUCUUCAGCUGCGUCAGCGCCGGGCAGCCUCCUCGCAUCUUCGUGGCGCACAGCAAGUUCGUCAUCCUCAGCGCCCACAAACUGGUCUUCAUCGGAGACACUCUGUCCAGGCAGGCCUCGGCUCCCGAGGUGGCCAACAGGGUGAUGAACUCUAGUAACGUGCUGUGUGACUUGUUAAAGACGGUGGUGGCGGCAACCAAAACGGCCGCUCUGAACUACCCAAACACAGCUGCCAUCCAGGAAAUGGUGGACAGAGUCACUGAUCUCUCACACCACGCGCAGCAGUUCAAAGAACACUUGCUGCAGUUGGCCAGUUUGUGAUUUUCAACCAUCUUGCUCCAGUAGACUCCAUGUGUACAUUAAUCUAGCAUAAAUAUAUAUAUUUACAGUAUAUAUAUCUGUAUAUAUAUACUGCUCUUCAUCUUUAAGCCUGUUUUAGAUGUUGUAAAUAGUCUGUUCUGUAAAUAUUUGCUCUAUUUUUGUGUAGAUUGUUUUAUAUUAUGGUAUGAAUAUAUAUGUAGAUGCAGCAUUGGUGUCUCUGUAGGUCUAUGUAGACAUUUUUCAUAACAUUCCUGUCGCAUAUUACAAAGCACCUUACGAGAUGUUUCUUUUCCUUGUUACCUGUAGAAUGUCGUUGAUGUGUCUUGCUGCUGGGUGUGACAGUAAAUCUCCUUGUAAAUCGUGUUAAUGUCGACGUGUGUGCGUGGAGGUCUCCACAGAGUAAAGGAUUGUUCUUAACCAUG